UUCCUGCAGCAGGUUUACAGAAGGAAGACCUGGGGCAAAACAAACAAGGACCAGCCUCCAGACCUCAGAUGGUUCCCAGGAAGCCCUUCAGAUUGCACACCUCUCUUUGCAGAGGUAUGCAAUCUGGAGCUUGGUAGCAGUGACUCGGUUUGACCAAGUAUUCCACUAGCCAUCAUCGGGAUGCCUUCCCCGGAAGAAUUACUCCAGCUGGCUGGGAUCACGCCUGCCGUUUUGUACGACAGUACACAUAGCUUCAACUAAAGGCAACCAGAAUGGGAAGGAAGAAAACCUCCCAGACCGGGAGUUCUCACACCACAGCCGAACAUCAUUUUUCCAGUAUGCGGUCAAUAUCCCUGGAUUCUGAGAUGUUCUGUGAGGGCUCAACACUGUGACCAGCCCACCAGACAGCAGAACCAGAGGGGUCCUGAGAAGCAAUGGCCACAGAAGCCCCUGUGAAUCUCGCACCACCUGAACGUAGCACCGUGGUUGGUAUCUCAGUCAACAGCUUCAUCUGGCAGCGCAACUCUCUCAGGAUGCAUGUCAUCAGGCCCAAGUCUGCCAAGGGUCGGAAGCGGCCGAAUCUGCACAGAACACAAGGCAGGGGCGAUGGCUCUCCCAGUGUACUGUCGGCUUCACCUCCGCCAUGUUCCUCCGGGUCGUCAAGCAGUCAGAAACCAGGAGCCUGUGUCCCCACCUCUCCAUCUCAGGGAACCCCUGAUGAGAUGCCGGAGCUGCUGCCACAGGUGCUUGUCGGGACCACCUCAUCUCUCAAUAAAUACCCAGUCCUCCCUUCCAUCAGCAGAAGGAGCCUGGAGGAUGGGGCUGUGGACACGGUGGCCAGAAAGGCCAGUUCUCUACAGCUGAGUAACGUCCAGGCCCUUUACCAGGAGGAGGCCCACACCACUGUAAAGUCAAGCCAAGAAGAUUCCAGAACCCAAGUCUGUGCCUUAGAGAAGAAAUUCAUCAUCCGCACCAAGAGACAGAGUUCCUCUAGGGCCUCAAACAUGGAGGAGCCAACAGACCAAGAGCCGAGGCUGUUGCUAGCUAUAAGGUCACCCUCAGGCCAAAGGUUCGUGCGCUACUUCCGGCCCAGUGAUGACCUACAGACUGUCCUUGCAGUGGCUGAGCAGAAAAACAAAGCCACCUACCAACACUGCAGCAUCGAAACAAUGGAUGUGCCCAGAAGACGUUUCUCUGACCUCACCAAGUCCCUGCAAGAGUGUGGUAUCCUCCAUAAAUCUGUUCUGGGCAUCUCCCAGGAGGAGGGGGAGGGGUGACCCUGAGCCCACAGCACCAGGCUGGGGCCCCAGGCCUUCAAGCACACAGCCUGGUUUCAAGCACCACAUGAGCCCAAUGAAGCUCAGACCCUAAAUCUGUGGAGGCAGGGACACGUCUGUACACGGGCUGAGCCCCCUGGGAGGAAAUUUCCUCCUUCUAGAAUUCUCCCUUCCCCACGCUCCGGAGCACCUGCAUGCAUGCAGUGAAACCUGUGUCUCUCUCGAAGCCAACACUUUGCUUCUCUGUAUCUGACAUGAGAUUGAACUCUUCCCAGAGAGGAUUCUAGUCUAGUAAAUAGCCAGGGUUUAGGAGUUAUGGAACUGACAUUGGUAUUUCUUGCAAUAUCAUAAGAAACAGGCUGUUGAUCACCUGUGUUUGGAAGCAGCCUUCUUACUGAGCUGCAGAAGCCGAAAUCCCUGGAGAUCCCUGUUGGUGUGAUGUGACAGCAAAGGGAAGAACCGUCUGUCCCAAACCCCCAACACACACACACACACACACACACACACACACACACACACACACACAGAGAGAGAGAGAGAGAGAGAGAGAGAGAGAGAGAGAGAGAGAGUUCUGAAACAUCCUAGAGCUAGCCCUAAUUAAUUGCCUCUACAGUCAUGGGCUAGCCAAGGCUACUUUUGAAUGGACUGACUAGGUCGACGCUUCUUGGUAGCGCCUGUCUACAGAAUUCUUCCGAAAUGGAGGUGAAUGUGCCGUCCUCUGUUGUUUUUAAGACACGACAGCUACAGGUCUGUACAGGUUUGUGCUAACAACCCCUUGGCAUAGGUAAAUAUUGAUCCCCAGUCUUGCUGUCUUACCCUCUUCAAACAUGGGAGGGCUUUGGCGCAACAUCAGCACAUCCUGGGGUCUGAUGCCAGGCCCUCCCUAGAAGAAAAGUGGCUCCUAGGGGUUUCUUUCCUGUGCUCCUGUUGAGACCACACUGCAGCUGGCCGACUGGCAUGGAGUAUCGCUGUGUCCCCUCAGCCAGAGCUGUCACAGGCACCGUCGAGUCUUAUUUUUCCUAUGGAGAUGCAGCUUAUUUGCCAAAGGUUCUCCUGCAUUGCAGGUUCAGCCAGACACCCACCUGCAUCCCUUUAUGGCCAAAUCCCCAGUUGGGAGUCAGGAACAUGGAGGCCUUGUGGGUACCUUUUCCCCCUUAGAGCACAGUCACCACAUGGCCCUGGGUGCUAGUACCUGUCCCCGCGCCCUCAGUACACAGACAAGGCAGGGUUCGGGUGUUCUUGGAGCAUCCUGGGAAAAGGGGCUUGGACAGCACACAUGGUUAGAGAUGUUCCUUCUAGCGGGCUGCCCCUUGGUGACAGCGACGGUUACUCUGAGCAGGCUGGCUCCUCCUCCCCAAGCCACCUCCAGCGCCACACAGAUCACUCUAGACUAGGAUAUACCAGUCCAUUUGCCAGCUCUACCAUCCUGCCUAGGUUAGUGGCUCCUUGGAUGGGAAAGGUCAGCCGAGACCGGCUUCGAUGCACUUGGUCACCUCGUCUACUCAACGACCAUGGUAGGAGGGGCCGGUGGCUUGCGCUUGGACUCCCCCAGUACAGGUAUUUCACUUCCCCGCCAAGUGCACAACUCUGCCUCUGAGCUAGGAGCCUAUAAAAAUCACACCUACUCUAUGGUAAGAAUAAAAUUCCACCCACCUGCAGCUUGGUGAUUCCAAGCCUUGGAUUGUGCCAGUGAGAAAUGUAACAAGCUGGAUGGAAUUGGAGACUCCUGGGUGUGGGGCUUUGCUGCUGCUAUUCAGCUUUGAAUUUUAGGGUGCUGGGGAAAUACGGGGAGCACGAGGCAUAGGAGUAUUUUAGGAUCUUUUAGGGGGCAUGAUUAAAGCUAGAUUUGAGCCAUCACAAUAAUCUUUUUUCUCUUUUUGAACAAAAGAUAAUGAUACGAACAAUAAAAGCUGAUUUGUGUGAAACA